AUUAGUAGGAAUUUUUGAAUCAAAACUGCAUUAGAAUCUUCCAAGAAUAAUUACAAGAAACAGAGUUGACCAGAAGAGUUUUGAAUGAAUUUAGUGUGGUAUGUAAGAGUUCCAAGGAUCAAAAGUCUGUGUGUGUUUGGUCUUAUGAGUUGCAGAGGAAUAUAGUUGCAAUGUUUGUAUUAAUUUUCUCAACCAUCUUGAAAAAUUUGUUUAUUGUUGUGUCAGUGACUAUCAUUUCAUUAUCAUCCAUUACGAUUGACAACAACAAACACAUCAGCGGAAAAUGGAAGGAAGCGAUCAAGCUCCACAUGAUAUUGAAAACCCUUGCAUUCCAUUAGUAACUUCAAUGUCUCCCCUCUCCUCCUUGUGUUGCAUUUAUAGAGUUCCUGAACGACUACGGCGUGUGAGUGAAAAGGCCUACACACCUCAGGUGGUCUCUAUAGGCCCACUUCAUCAUGGCAAGGAAGGCCUAAAAGCCAUGGAAGAUCACAAAAAGAGGUACUUACAAGAUUAUAUACGUCGGACCAGGGUAAGCCUAGCGGAUUAUGUACAGAAAGUAAAAGCCCAAGAAGCAAAACUGCGCAGUUGUUAUGCAGAAACCAUUCAGGAUGAAAAUGACCGCAUAUUUAACAAACCAUGGAUGUUGCAGGACGUUUGGCCUGACAUGCGGUUGCUCGAAAAUCAGCUGCCAUUCUUCAUUCUUGAGGAACUUUUUGACCCCGACAAAAUCAAAGUCUCUUCUAACAAUAACAAUAUUGAAAGGCUUUCGAUACUCAACCUUUGCCACAAUUUCUUCAAAACUCUAAUGCAUAUAGAGGGAACAGAUGGCAAUAUGGAGAAAUUAUGUGCUUCUAAAGUAGAACACUUUGUAGAUUUUUGUAGAAAUUUGUAUCUACCUCUACCAUUGAAACCACAUGCUAAAGGGCCACUUGAAACUCUAAACACACCCAGCAUCACAGAGUUACACAGAGCAGGAGUCAAGUUUAAGGUGGGAUCACCGAAAAACUUAUUCAACAUACGAUUCGCUAAUGGGAUUCUAGAAAUUCCAAAAUUAGCAAUAAGUGAUGAGACAGAGCUUACAAUCAGAAACCUCCUUGCCUUUGAACAAUGCCAUUGCAUGGAGAAUUACAUAAACGAUUAUGUUGUCAUCAUGGAUCGCUUUGUGAACACCGCAAAGGAUGUGGAGUUGCUUGUUAAGCAUGGAAUUGUGGAAAAUAGGCUCGGUGACAGCAGUGGAGGGUCUACUCUGAUUAACAACCUUGCGGAUGGGGUCAUUGUGGACUCUAAUGACUUCUAUUUUGCUAUUCUUUGUGAAGAACUCAACGAGUACUGCAGAACGUCUUGGCACAAAUGGCAGGCAAACUUGAGACAAAACUAUUGCAACACACCUUGGGCAACUAUUUCAAUUGCUGCGGCUAUUUGUCUCCUCAUACUCACUUUUAUACAAGCAGUGUGCUCUGUUAUCUCUGCUCUGCCUUCUAAGCGUUGAGAGUAAGUCUCUCCUUAGCCGUUUUCUCCUUGUCAUUUCCUUUUGGUCCUCCACAUGACACGAGCUGGGUUUGUCACCAGCCUAGACGUGUAAGAGAGCUGGAGAAUGAAAAAAAAUAGAGCUGGGUU